AGCUUUGGAUUUUUUGAAAAGUAAAAAAAAAGCUUUUGAUAGAAUAAAAACUAAAAAAAUGAUAAUAGGCCAUCUUUAAAUAUAAAGCGUACGAGAACAGCGUGGAAGAAGAUCCUUUGAUUUCAUUCCAGAAACGGGAAGAACCCUCCAAAAAUCUGAAUUUCAUUACAAUAUUAUACUCAGACGGCACUGUCAGUGGCAGUGGGUUCACUGAGGAAUGGGGAAUCGACGCUUCACUCAGGUGGCAACCAGCGACGACGAAGACGAAGCACGGCCUCGUCCAGCAACUGCCACCGAAGAGAACCGUUCUAAGCAGCGGAAGAGGAAGAGGAUGAAGCUGCAAGAGGAAGAUGAAGAAGAAGAAGAGGAAGAGAAGAAUGAGGAAGACAAAAAAAAGAAGAGGAAACCCAAAGAUAAGGAAGACGAAGAAGAGGAACCGCCACAGGAGGACGCUAAGCCCAUUGGCGAUCCAGUUAGGGUUUCCGGAAAAGGAAGAGGCCGCAGAAAGCAUUUUGAAUCCUUUGAGUUCGAUGGAAACCAAUACACGUUGGAGGACCCUGUACUUCUCGUGCCUGAGGACAAAGAGCAAAAGCCGUACGUGGCAAUUAUUAAGGACAUUACACAAUCACAAAAUGGCAGCAUGAUGGUCACAGGGCAGUGGUUUUAUCGUCCUGAAGAAGCAGAAAGAAAAGGUGGUGGCAGCUGGCAAUCACGUGAUACAAGGGAGCUGUUUUAUAGUUUCCACCGAGACGAGGUUCCUGCAGAAUCAGUUAUGCAUAAGUGUGUUGUGCAUUUCGUUCCGAUACACAAACAGCUUCCAAAUCGUAAGCAGCAUCCUGGGUUUAUUGUGCAAAAGGUGUAUGACACGGUAGAAAGGAAACUCUGGAGGCUAACUGAUAAGGACUAUGAGGACAAUAAACAGCAAGAAAUUGAUGAGCUUGUUCAGAAAACUCUUCAACGUUUGGGCACACUACCUGACAUUGAGCCUGAGGAAGCUAUUACUGAUCAGGAAGAUCUGAUGAAAAAUAAAAGAAUCUUAAGGAAAAAGAGCAUUUCACCUCUUGAUGUUUCAAGGGAGGAGGAAACAACUUAUAAGGCUGACCAACCUCUGAAGCCUGAAACACCUGGGAGUUGUGUAAAUAAUGUCUCACAGCAUUAUCGCAUAUUAGAGGAUUUCAAUGUACUAACAGGAGAUACCCAUCGCGACAGAGGUUUAGAGAAGCUGCUUCAAAGUGUUCAAUGCUUGUUUACUUCUGAUGACAGCAUAAAAAAGGAAGACAAAGGAAAUGAAAGUUCUGAUGCAAUCAACAAUGGAAGCAAUAAAUUAGCAAAUGAAUGUAAAGACAAGGUUCUGAAGAGUUCCAAGUCUUUUGUCUGGCCAGAUGUUGCUGUUCCAGCUGUAGUUGCUCUAGAAAAAGCUUCGCAUGAGACUUUUUCAUCAGAUUAUCAGAAGUAUAACCAAAAGCUACGACAAUUAGUAUUUAACCUCAAGCACAAUGCAUUGCUAGCACGCCGUUUAUUAAAUGGAGAGUUGGAGCCUUCUAAAAUAUUGAAUAUGACACCCAAUGAAUUAAAGGAGGGUUUGACUGCUGAGGAAACAUCCAAGAAGGAGCCCGUUGAGUCACAGCCCAUGCAGAUGACUGAUGCCCGCUGUUCUAUAUGCAUGGAGUGUAAAGUGGGCUUGAAAGAUAUUAUCCAUGCAGGACGCAGUGACCGAUAUACGCUGGAAUGUAUGGCCUGUGGUUAUUCCUGGUUUGCCUCCCGUGAUGAGGUGUCUGUGCUGACUAUAGAGGCAUCAGAUUCAAAAAGAAGUGUAGGCACGGCGCCAUGGGCCACCGCAAAAUUUGAAGAUGUUGAAAAGAAGCUGGUGAGUCCCCGUGAAUCUGAAAAGUCGGCGAAUGACAUCUUUAAGAAAACAAGUGAAGCAUAUAUGCCAGUUUUGGAUGCCCAGAAAUCAUUUGGCAAGUCCAGGAAAGAUGAAAACGUCGAAGCUUCAAGACAUGCUGAUUAGGAAUAUCCCAUUCUCUGUGGUGGUCAGUUUUAGGAUUUUUUCUUUUUAGGGGUACUGAUAGUAACAAAAUAUUGUGUAUAGUUCUCUCCCAGUAGAUUUAGUGCGUACACUAAACCGUUGGCUUUCUGUAUAGCUUUAACUAAACAAAUGUGUAAAUGCUUACGUAGAAUGGGUAAUAUGAUGCCAGCUAUCAGCAUUUAGCCAUUUACGUUGAGUUUAUAUCCUUCAACAUUUUGAUUGUUCGGUAUCAUGUUUUGAUGUUAUCAGGUCAUUACUUUCGAUCUUUUUUCCCCUUAAAGUUUCACAAUUGGCUAAAACCUCGACUAUAAAUUUUUUUAU